AUGAUAUUUAAAUUGGCAUUUUUUCAAAUACUAUUAAUCCUUUCAAUGACAUUUUCGAUAGAAUCCACAGAAGCUUCAGGAUGGAACAUAAGGUAUCGCAAGGCACAGCCUAAGAAAACUAUUAAAUUAUCCAAUCUAGAGGUCAUUGUCACUAACAAACUAUGUAAAUGCAAGAUUGAUUAUAUAUAG